UGCAAACUAGUUUUUUAAUUACUAAAAUAUAAAGAGUGUCCCGUAACGAGUGAAAGUGAUGAAAAAUGACUGUAGUACUAAUGGAUCUGGGCUGACCAACCGAAGCACAGAACUAUCUUAUCAGCAGCUUUUUUAAGUGCUUGUUUGAGUCUGAAAGAUGAGAUACGCAUUUUUUUAUCCCUCACCCUGUCUCUGACAGUAUGAAGUGACUGUGAAAGCCCUGGGUCUUGCAUGGAGAAGACACUGCAGGCAUUGGAAUUGCAUAGGGCUGUGAUUCCACAGAGCAUUCAGUGCAGCUUUCAGGUGUCUCAUCAAAAAUGCCACAGCCUUGUGGGGUGGGCUAGUGAUUCAGCAUGGGCUUGCUCUAUGAGACUCAAUUAGUUUGUCAUUAUCUGACAUUGUCCACCUGCACUGCUCUGACCUUCUCUUGAAUCAGGUUGUCUCUGUCUCCUCACAGCUGGGGAAAGAACCCAUGCAGUUCGAGUAAGCGGCACAUUGGGUGCUCCGUCUGAUUCACCCAUCAGAUUUGUACUGCUGGAUGGUACUGUGAUGCCCAGGUCUCGUGAGAGCGGUCAUAGAGCCACAGGGUGUGUGGCCAGCAUUCCGCCUUGGGGCAGUGGUCUCAGUCUCUGCUGGUUUCAUAGGCUCCAAUGCAGGGAGAGCGAGCCGGUGCUGCUGUUGUUCAUUCACAGGGAGCUGGGAAUCAGCGUUCUGGAGCCUCCUGCCUUGUGAAGAUGGGUUGCACAUGAGUCAGCUCAUGCUUGACAAAGGCCAGAAAGGGUUAUAGAAUCACAGACUGGUUUGGGUGGGAAUGGGACCUUUUAAGCUCAUCCAGUCCAUCCCCUCUGCAGUGAGCAGGGAUGUCUCCAACCCAGACAGGUUGCUCAGAGCCCAGUCCAACCUGGCCUGGAAUGUGGAUGGGGCAUCCACCACCUCUCUGGGCAGCCUGGGCCCGUACCUCACCACCAUCGUUUAUAAGGAUGGAUGAUUGUGAUUUGCCCUGGAUGUGCGAGAGAAACAGGUCAUCCUUGCUCAAUGAAGCCAGUAGGCUUCUCUAGUUCAGGAUCUGAUGUUGAGCUAAGCCUGGUGUCACAGGUUUGCAGAUUCUUUCACAGGGCCUCUCUGUGGGGCCACGAUGCAAAGGUGUGCCUGUUAGCUUCCACAUUUCUUCAUGAAGUGUCUUUAGUUUGGGUACCGUCUUCCUCAUGUUCUGCCUGACUGCUGGGUUGAGAUGCUGACAGAACUGCGGUGGUGUUCCCAUCUGCAGCAAAAACUCCAUCAUGUUGUAUCUUGGCUGUGGCAUCCUUCCUCCAUGCCCUUCUGAGGCAUGUUGGUUAUUGAUGUCUGAACACAGCAUGCAGUUUGUUUGGAUGAUGGAAGGUAUCUCCAAAAUCAAACUUGAAUGUUUCACCCCAAACAGACUUGGGUCAGAGUAAGACAUGAUGUACUUCUUUCCUAGACAUCCCACUCUAAUGAGUGCACUUCAUGGUCAGUGUGGUGUUCUGCAGCGUGACAGAGAAGAACUGCAGAGUUCCGCUUCCUCUCUGAUCAGUGUGGGUUCCACAAGUGCCAUUUCAUCACUUGUUUGGAGGAGACCUUUGAGAUCAUCAAGCCCAACCGUCCCUGUCCACUACUAAACCAGAUGCAUAAGCACUUCAUCUCCCCAUCUUUUAAACAUCUCCAGGGAUGGGGACUCCACCGCCUCCCUGAGCAGCCUCUGCCAGUGCUGAGAACCCUUUCUGUGAAGAAUUUUUUCCUUGACGUUCAGUCAGGAACCUGCCCUGGUGCAGCUUGAGGCCAUUCCCUCUCGUCCUGUCGCCCGUUACUUGGGAGAAGAGACCAACCUCCACCUCUCUACAAUCCCAUUUCAGGUAGUUGUAGACAGUGUUGGGGAGAUGAACGUCCCCAGUAAGUACAGCCCAGUACUCCCCUAAGUACAGCCCAGGAGUUGGGCAUUUGAUAUUUGGAAGGCUUAUUGGUACCUGGUGGGUUUUAGGUCCGUGGUCAGGUAUUCGAAAUGCACGCAUACCGGAUUUUGUGUACCUAUGGAAAGGUGUUUGGAGAAAGACCGGUCAUCUCAUGUGUUUCUGCAUAUCUUGGGGUCUUCAUGUUCUCUGACUGAGCUGAGGCUCUGGCACUGGCUUUUUCAGUGUGGGUGCAAUCCGGGGGUAGAACACGGUUGCUCAUGGAGCUGCGUUUGCUGUGUGUUGGUAACUGCAGAGAUGUCUGUUAUUUCUAGUGCUCAGUUCUAACGUUUAUGUGAUGUGUUCCUUUAGAGCUUGCUGGUCAGAGUUGGUAGCGAUGUGUACGUGUGUGAGUUACUUCCCUCAAGGUGAGGUGUUGCCAAGCUGCUCCAGAUACCUGGAAGGCCGUGCAUUGAAUUGUGCCUUUCAUUUGUGUUUCUUUCACCAUUGUUUUCUUAGUAAUAAUUUCCAGCAGUACAGGAAAUUCUCUGUGACUUUCUUAUAACUUGUUUUAAAAAACAACCCCUCUUCCAAAUCAUUGUGAGGAGUUCCCUGCUGUGAAAGCUCUCUGUCCCUGAUGAUCAGUGUGCACACUCCGAGAAACUGUCUCAGAUCUGAUUCCUGCCCUGUUGGCAGAGCUAAUCCUGAGAGGAAAAUAAGUUUGUUUUUCCUGUGAUCAUGCUCUCAAGCCACCUUGAAUAAACAUCCUGAGGAGGUUGGCAGCAAAUAUUUAUGGAUGUUAAUGAAAUCACUAUCAAAUGUUGAAGGAUUCUUAUAGUGCCUGGUAGUAGAGGAUUCGUAUUUUGGAUGUGGAGUGUGCCUCCUUGUCCUACCUUGAGAAAUUUUGUACUGAGGGACUUAAUAAAGGUAGAGGAAUUGGAAUUAUUCUUCCGACUCAGAAUGAAGAAAAUUACUGUUCUGUGCCAGUGGAUAUUGGUAAUGAUUGUGUCCUGGUAAGGAGUUCCCGUUCCUGCCCCCAGUGGAUGCUGUUUAGGUUAUGCUGGUCACUUGUUUUAUUCUCUGUUUGGCAGUGUUGGAAAGGGAGUCAGAAAUAUAAAUUGGCAAAUACAUUUGUUCAGGUACUUUGAGCAGUUCAUGAUUAGUGUGAGGAACAGCAGAGCUGUCGGGUCUGUGCUCCAUAGCCUGCAAGGUAAAAUGUGUAGUUGCAUGAGAGUAAAUGUAUCUGAGGGCCUGGAAAUUCCUGGUGAUGAGCCCAUCCACAAAGCAACAAUUUUUACUUUCAGAUGAGCUUUCUUGCAAUUGAAGCCUUCUCACACCUCUCCACCGUUCAUGGGCAAGCAGUCUCAGUCCGGCACUGGCUCCAGGGAACUGAGCCAAACAGCCACGUACAGAUCUUCUGAGGGGUUUGGUCCAUGUUUUCUGCUCAUGAGUUACCGUUAAAAGGAUGAAUUUGCUCUCCUUCUGCUGCAACAAGCCUUCCAAAGCUGCUGAGGUGAAAUGCCGCUGUGUGAAUCACACCAAAGCUAACACAGCAGCGCUGAAGUAAUUAUCCUCUUGUGUGUUCAGGAUAAUUGUGAAUGAAGCUGGUGAGGAAAAGGAAGAACUUGCUGGCUACCAGACAGAAGCAGUACUGGUGCUAGCAGGAAAAAAAACGUGGAAAAAUGGUUUUCUUGCAUCUCAUGCAGUCAAUUUCUUUGUGCAGUUCUGUGCUUCCCCGCAGAUAAAUGGCUGUCGAGAGGUCUGUCUGGUCUGUCUGUCCUCAGCUUGGGGUGCUGCUGCUCAGCAGAGUGAGUACUGUGGAAAUUACUCACCAGGAGAACAGCUCUUAACUCAGAGUGCAGUUGGUGUUCAGCCACUGAUGAUAUCGUGAAAGUCGAAGUCUGGGAUGUCGUUGACAAAGGAAAAUGUAAGAAACGAGGAGAUGGUUUGAAACUGGAGAACGACCCUCAGGAGGCAGAGUCAGAAAUGGCUCUGGAUGCAGAGUUCCUGGACGUCUAUAAGAACUGCAAUGGCGUAGUAAUGAUGUUUGACAUCACCAAACAGUGGACAUUUAACUAUAUUCUGAGGGAGCUUCCUAAAGUGCCGACGCACGUUCCAGUGUGUGUGCUUGGUAACUACCGAGACAUGGGCGAGCACCGGGUCAUCCUGCCUGGCGACGUGCGGGACCUCAUCGACAAUCUCAACAGGCCUCCCGGCUCCUCGUAUUUUCGCUAUGCUGAGUCUUCCAUGAAGAACAGCUUUGGCCUCAAGUACCUGCACAAGUUCUUCAACAUCCCCUUCUUGCAGCUGCAGAGAGAGACGUUGCUGCGGCAGCUGGAGACGAAUCAGCUGGAUAUUGAUGCAACUUUGGAGGAGCUGUCGGUGCAGCAAGAGACAGAAGAUCAAAACUACGAACUCUUCCUUGAAAUGAUGGAAGCCCGAAGUCGAGGACACACGUCACCUUUGACAACUAACGGGCAGAGCCCCUCCUCUGGCUCCCAGUCACCCAUAGUUCCUCCAAGCUCCACAUCGACGGGCAGCUCCAGCCCUGGCACCCCGCAGCCACCACAGCCGCUCUCCACAAGCUCCGCCAUGUCUCCUGAACCCCCCUCGUCUUUUUCACCAGUGCCUGCACCUGAAGUCCAGCCACCUCACGCGCCUCCACCAGCUGCAGCCUCCCCCGCGCCGCCAGCUGCAGCCCCGCCGCCGAAGCGCAGCAUCAUUUCCCGUCUCUUUGGGACAUCUGCAUCGGACCCCUCUCCUCCCCAGCCAGAUCCUGCUGCUGCCACUCCUCCUCCCCACCCUCCUGCCCCUGUGAAAGUACAGAGCGUGGAGGACUUUGUUCCUGAUGACAGCCUGGACCACAGCUUCCUAGAAGACCCAGCCCCGCGGAAGGACAAAGGGAAACCGCAGGCUAAACACCGUGUCGAUAGCGAAAGUGAUGGAGAGGCGCCUGGAGGGAACCCCAUGGUUGCAGGUUUCCAAGAUGACCUGGACCUGGAUGACAAAAUCCCCAGCAGACCCGUGCUGGCAGCAGAACGGGUGCCCAGCAAGAACAUCACCCUCUCCAGUGAGGAAGAGGAGGAUGUGAAGGACUCUAAGGUCAUACUCCUACCUGAUGAAGACAUCGACACAGAGCAGGAAAAAAAAAGGUCUUCCAGAAAUUCUCUGAAACCACAAAGUGAAGCAAUUUUGACCAAAGCAACUGACCCGAAGCCUCCUGACAGUUUACCUCCCCGUUCUGGGUCCGAAAGAAAUAGCAGCAGCAAGGUGAACACCAGCCUGCCCACUGCUGCUGCUGCUGCCACCCCAGCAGCCAUCCAGGCCCCAAAGACCACUUCCCAAAGCAAAGGACAUGCUCUCAAGCAGAAAGUGGUCAAAGAGGAAAAGCCAGAGGAGUCUGAUAGUGAUCAAGAGGGACCAAUAGCUACUCAGAUGCUCUCAUUUGUAAUGGAUGAUCCAGACUUUGAAAGUGAGGAUUCUGACAGCCAGAAGAAGAAAAAGGAUGAAUUCCCGGUCCGGGAAGAUCUCUCUGAAAUAUCCGAUGACGAGACCUCGUUGGCCCAGCCGCCCCAGCCUGUGAAAUCAGCAGUCCAUUCCUUUAAACUGAAAAAUGACUCAGAUCUCUUUGGUUUGGGUUUGGAAGAAGCUGGCCCCAAGGAGAGCAGUGAGGAAGAUAAACAACCUUCUAAGGAGAAAAAGAAGAAGAAAAAGAAAAGCAAAGAGGAAGAGGAGAAGUCAGCGAAGAAGAAGAGCAAACACAAGAAGAGCAAAGAAAAAGAGGAGAACAAAGAAGACAAAAAGAAAAAGAAAAAGAAGAGCAGGGAGAAAAAUGAAAUAGAUGAACUUGAGGCGUUUCUUGGAGGAGGAGGAGCCAGUGUGAGCAAGCCGCGAGGAGGUGGGGACUAUGAGGAGCUGUAGACUGGCCACCUGUAAGCGCAGCGGACUCUUCUCUGAUGGCUGUCUCCAUCUUUCCUUAGGAGUCACACCAGGACAGGCGCAGAUGUGUAAAGCUUUGGCCGUUUGCUGUGUAUUCGCUUGAAACAGAGCUGGCAAGACAAAAGCUUUACAUCUGCGUGUGCUGGUCUGGUGCAUUCGUUACACAAAGAAAAUCCAGCUGAGAUGUACUUGAGUAAGGGGAAGGCUUGGGGCACGGUUCCCAAGCCUGCUUCCAGGCUGUUGUUUUUUGUCCUUCCAGACAUGCCCUGGCAGGGAGCUGGCAGGCGUGAGAGACAGCAGGGACUGGCCUCCUGCUCCACCCCUGCUAUAUCCCACUCCUGCACACCUGAAAUUCCUAUCUUGUUAAGAGGAGUGCAACAAAACAUGCCGCAUGAACGCAUCGUGCUCGCCUGUCUCAAGUCUUUAACUUUUUAUCCUUCCUACUUUUUAAUAAGAAAGGUGGUGUUGGCUGUUGCUCCACCGAGCAGCUGAUAAGCUUUAAAUCAAGCAGGUCAUGCUAUGGUACAGCUCUCUGAAACAGCAGCCGCGAGGCCAGAGUGAGAGAGAGCGCAUGUGAUUUUGGAGUCCUUGGAACGGGACCUUUCUGCACAGCAGCUUUAUUAGCACUCACUGGCGCUGCUGUUGGAAUUCAUGAAGCCCCAUUGAUUUCCGUGGCCCCAGUGUCUCAGACACUACACGUAAGCUGCUAUGCAGUUUGGGAAAACAAUGCAAAGUGCAAAGCUAACCUGAAAAAGAGAGAGGAAAAUGAGUGCUUUCCUGCAUUUCCUACCCUCGAAUUUGUGUAGACUAGGAUCCCCGCCCUUCAGUACCUCUC